AACUACACAAAGCCAGAGAUUCUAUCCAUGACACCUGAUGAAGUUUCCAUCCAUGGCCGAAACCAUGCAGUUAUUAAAGGAAGAAACCUGGAAUCAGUCACAAAGGUCCAUUUCCAAGGAAAAAUGGACUGCAAUCCAAAAGAGUCCCCAGUAUUGUCCCAUUCUAAAAACUCCAGUUCCCAUGAGUUUCUGACAUUCCGCAUUCCCAGCAGAGCCGUGAAAGGCACUGUGAGAGUGUGUUUACUGAUGGUGGAUGGCCAGUGUCAUGGCAAUGUCAAACUCACCUACGACACCCCGCCAAUCUGCAACCAUCUGGAACCAAAUACCACAUGGGCCAGCGGAGGCAGAGAGAUCAUGUUAAACGGUUCUAACCUGAAGUUUGUGGAAAAGGUGAAGCACAAAGAUCAACCUGAGGAGUUCACCCUCAAGAGAAAGAAGGAGACGCUGGUCUACUUCACCCCUGCUGGUGUGCUGGACUCUGCUGGGUCCAGACAGGUGUCUGUGGAGCUGCUGGUGGGGAACACCUCAGUGACCUGCAGAGAGGAGCUCACCUACCUCCCAGACCCACAAUUCACCAGCUUCACCACCACACGCAUGGGCAAAGACAUGUCCGUCAUCAUACAGAAAAAUUCAGACCCCCUGGAGCUAAAAGUCUCAGAGAUCCAGGUCCAGGCCAUGCCGGCGGAGGUGCCCCAUCCCUGUGUGAUAGACCGGAUCGAAGACAGCACUUCAGUUCUUUGUGUUAUUGAAAAUCAGCCGGACAUCAGCAUAGACUCACUAAAGAUCACUGUUGGAAAUUUUUCAUUCAACCUUCAAAAAAGCCAGAACCUGCUCUACGUCACUGUCAUCUCUAUUGGCAUGUUAGCCAUUUGUGCUCUUGUGUGCUACUUUUACUUUAAAAAGAAGAGAGAAGAUGUGAAGACUCCCUGCAGAGAAACCACCAAACCAGAUUGCUUCCUUUCUGAUGAUCAGAAUUCCUUGUACGAAGACGUGCAGGAGGAUGAAAGGGGACCCAUCUCAGUUGCUUUACUGAGAGAAUCAAUGGUGGAGCACUAUGAUGAUGUCACUGCUGAUUACUAUGAGACCAACCUUUAUGAGUCUUUGAGAGAGGAGGGGCUGGAGGAUUAUGAUGACAUCACCACUGAUGAGAAUGCCCCUAAUGUGACCGAGGGUGACUUGGAGGAGACGAAGCAUGCCAAUGAAAAAGAACAGGACUAUUAUGAUGACAUCACAAAUGAAGAUGACCUUCAAAUGACAUCAGCUAUUGCAGGGAUGAUGACAGCAGACCAAGCUCAAGAGUAUGAUGAUGUCAUCACUGAGUCUUUGAGAGAGGAUGGGCUGGAGGAUUAUGAUGACAUCACCACUGAUGAGAAUGCCUCUAAAAUGACCAAGGUGGAGGAGAAGAAGCAUGCCAAUGAAAAAGAACAGGACUAUUAUGAUGACAUCACAAAUGAAGAUGACCUUCAAAUGAUAUCAGCUAUUGCAGGGAUGAUGACAGCAGACCAAGCUCAAGAGUAUGAUGAUGUCAUCACUGUUACCAUGGAGAUGAAUCUUUGAGUGGUGGUCCACAAUGGUGAUAUACGAAAAGUCACACUUCCUGGCAAACCAGCCACUGAUUCAUCAGUUGGAGAAGAGCUUGCAGCUUGAAUACAAGUUCAGCCUGCAGUAUGGAGAUCCAGACUUUAGCAAUGCUCUGUGUAACCUUAAAGAGGACAUGGAAUGGACGAAUCAAGUAUUGUACUGUGUUCUCUUAUGUUAAAAUAGUAUAUAUAUUCAACUUUGAUUUAUAAAAAAGAAACUCAAUUGCAAUUUUACAAGUCCAAUUAAAACCGUUUUAAAUCUGUUUUUUUAGUGGCUAUUUCAUGAUGGCUCUCUUUGGUUAU